CCGCUCCUCACCUCAUGUCCUUUCUCAGCCGCCUCUCCCCUCUCCCCCACCGCCCAUGCUCUUCAUCAGGACGUGGAGGCAGCAUCAGCAGUGCGCACGGCACUGCAGGACAUCACUCACGCCUCCUCUUCUCCUCUCUUACCCUCCUCCUUUUCCUCCUUUUUCCUCCUGUCUCUUCUUGCCUCCAAACCCUCCCCCUCUCUCUUCAUCUGGACGACCUUGA